AUGGCGGCUGUGAGGAGUAUGAACAAAAUGUAUGGACUCUGUUUCCAUGCUGUUCGUCAGACGGCAGGACUGAAGGCGUCGAGGCUGCUUCAACACAGAGCCUUCAGAGUCGGUGCUGUGCACCGACAGCAGCCCUUUGACUCAUCUCUGGAAAAGCCACAGUUCCCUGGAGCCUCGGCCGAGUUUGUGGAUCAGCUUGAGUUCAUCCAGCCCAAUGUCAUCUCUGGGAUCCCAGUGUACCGGGUGAUGGACAGGCAGGGCAACAUCAUUAACCCCUCUCAAGACCCUCAGCUCUCCAAAGAGACAGUUUUAAACUUUUAUCAGAAGAUGACUAUGCUAAACACAAUGGAUCGCAUUCUUUAUGAGUCUCAGAGACAGGGUCGGAUCUCUUUUUACAUGACCAACUAUGGUGAGGAGGGGACACAUAUUGGUAGUGCUGCUGCUCUGGACCCAAGCGACUUGGUCUUUGGUCAAUACAGAGAAGCUGGAGUGCUGAUGUACCGUGGUUUUCCUCUGGAGAUGUUCAUGGCUCAGUGCUACGGCAACGCAGAUGACCUUGGCAAGGGCCGGCAGAUGCCUGUCCACUACGGCUCCAAAGAUCUGAACUUUGUCACCAUCUCCUCUCCCUUGGCCACUCAGAUUCCUCAGGCGGCUGGAGCUGCAUACGCAGUCAAGCGAGAAAACCUCAACCGUGUUGUAAUCUGUUACUUCGGAGAGGGAGCCGCCAGCGAAGGGGAUGCACACGCUGGCUUCAACUUUUCCGCCACCCUUGAGUGCCCACUGAUAUUCUUCUGUCGUAAUAACGGCUAUGCCAUCUCUACCCCCACCAAUGAGCAGUAUAGGGGAGAUGGCAUUGCUGCUCGUGGUCCGGGUUAUGGCAUGCUGUCCAUCCGUGUUGAUGGUAAUGAUGUGUUUGCUGUGUACAAUGCUACAAAAGAGGCACGCCGCAGGGCUGUGGCUGAGAACCAGCCCUUCCUUAUUGAGGCAAUGACCUACAGAAUUGGACACCACAGCACCAGUGACGACAGCUCAGCUUACCGUUCGGUGGAUGAAGUGAACUACUGGGACAAGCAGGACCAUCCCAUCUCGAGGCUGAGACAUUACAUGGCGGCCCGAGGUUGGUGGAGCGAGGACGAUGAGAGGAGCUGGCGGAAGAAAUCUCGCAAGACGGUGAUGGAGGCGUUCGAGGGGGCCGAGAAACGCCUUAAACCGAAUCCUGAGCUGCUGUUUACUGAUGUGUACCAGGAGAUGACAUCCCAACUGAGCAAGCAGAGAGAAUCCAUGCGGAGGCACGUGAGCCAAUACAAAGAGCACUACCCACUUGACCUUUAUGAUAAAUAACUGCGUUCAUAGGAUGGAAUGAGUUGCUAUUUGGUGACUUAAUGUAGGAGUGGGUGAGAAUUGAGACUAAACUGUUGCACACCUUUACACCCUUACUGUAUUCAUAAAAAUAUAGUUUUGAUAUACAGUGUGUCAUUUCUUUCUGCACAGCUAAGGAAGAGGAGAAAGAUUGUGCUUUCGAAAAUAUUGUACUUCAUGCCUCUGGGUUUGGUGCCUUAAGUUAAUAGAUUUUCUGUCAGUAGUAAAGCUCCUCUAAAAUGCUAAAUCACACUUGUGUCUCAGUAAUUCCAAGGUCACCCCUGUUCUUCUUUAAAGUGCAGCAAAUGGUGCAUUUGUAAUGCAAAAGAAAUGUACAAUCUGAGCAAUAAACGGUGGAAGUUUACUCCUGUUGUGUUUGUUCUCUCACCUGCAACUGUCCUCUCCAGUGAUCAUGGUUCUAACAGGUUUCCUUGUGUAUCAUUGAGGUGACUGACUAACUUUCCUAUACGAAUUGUUUUUUAGUAUACACACCCAAAUUUUAGAUGGGUUUGUAUGCUGCAAUGCUGUUACACUAUUAUAAAUCCCAGAACUGUACGCUUGUGUCUGUUUUGUGUUUUGUGGAAAAUAAACUAUGGAGCUUUCA